GCAGCGUAGCCAAAGACGCUUGUAUAGACCGCGGUGCGAAAACACUCUGGAAGUGGACCGAGAGAGAGAGAGAGCAAUGACAGUUCUUACAUCUCCACCUCCGCUACUACUCUCCCCCCCUUACUAUCCCACUACCACUUCCUCCUCCUCAUCACCGUACUUCCACCUCUCCUUCCACGCCACCUCCCGCCGCCGCCCCAUCACCGCCGUCGCGUCCUCCUCGCACGUCUGCAACCCGACCAAGCUCGACAAAUCGGCGCUCAAACUGGCCGAAGCCGUCUCCGAGGACGAGCUCUGGGCCGCGGCCCGUCUCCGCAUUCGAACGUUCAACGAUUUCAGCCCGUCCGUCGUCGGCGUCGAAGAUUAUAAGAAAUACUUGGCCGAGCGUGAGUUUGAAGCAUUAAAGGAACGUAUUGCUGGGAAGAGGACAGGCUUUGGAAGAGUUACCUGCAUCAACGCCAGCCUUCCAUUGUCACAUGUGUUAAGCAUUUCAGAUGAUUUGUGCACCACAUGCAUGUUUUCAGAGAAUGGAGAAGAUCGGGUAGUGGUCGGGACCCUUGAUCUUAAUCAGUGUAUACACCUUCCAGAUGAAAUAACUGGGAUGAAGCCACAGGGGAUUGGUGGUGACUUCGCAAGAGCGUAUUUGAGCAAUGUAUGCGUCGCCAAAGAACUUCAUAGAAAUGGAUUGGGUUAUAUGCUGAUUGCAAAAUCCAAGUUGGUUGCUGAAGAUUGGGGGAUAUCGGAUUUAUAUGCCCAUGUUGCCGUUGACAAUGAAUCAGCAAAAAACUUGUACAUGAAAAGUGGUUUUGUAUAUGAAAGCGAUGAACCCACUUGGAAAGCUAGGUUUCUUGAUCGGCCACGACGGAUGCUUUUAUGGAUUGCGAUCCCUAACAACCUCGACUUGUGAUAUCACAACCUCAGAAAACCACAAUGUUUGUUAUUCUGUUAGUCACUGAUGGCAUGUUAUCCAUGCGUAUUUGUUGUAACUUUCUCUUGCAUUCGAAAUGAAAAGAGAAAAACAAAGGGAAUGGAAA